AUGUCGCGCAGUUGUGUACAGAAAAGUCUCAGAGCAAGUUUGCAAAUCUCGGCCUUGGCAUUUCUCCCAGAGAUCCAGGGUUUGUCACAGCCGGGCAUCAUCAUUUCCAACGCGGCCAUCAGUGCCUGCGCGAAAGGGGGAGCUUGGCCAAAAGCCUUAGAACUCUUGGAGCAGCGUCUACAGAUUGGAGAUGCCAACAUCGUCACCUUCAGUGCUGCCAUCAGUGCAUGCGAAAAAGGUGGCGUGUGGCAGCAAGCCGUUCAACUGCUUCGUGCCAUUCCUCGCUAUCGUUUGCAGGCAACAGUCAUCUCCUACAAUGCAACCAUCAGCGCCUGCGAGAAAGGUGACGCAUGGCAAAUGGCCUGUGAGUUAUUGGCAGAGACACGGAAUUCGAGCUCGCAAGCAAAUCUCACCACCUUCAACGCAACCCUUGCUGCUGGUGAAAAAGCGAACCUUUGGCAGCGAACUCUUCAUCUCUUGUGCUCGUUUCCAGCCAUGAAACUGGAGGAAGAUGCUAUCAGCCUGAGCAGCGGCAUCAGCGCCUGUGAGCAGGGCUGCUUGUGGCAGCUGGCGCACCACUUCUGGUCCCGCGGAUGGACAGAUGCUGCGACCUUUGGCGAUGUGGUCAGCGCCUGCGAAAAGGAAGAGACUCCAUUGGUGUCGCGCGCUGGCCUCACACAAUGA